AUGAGUUCGCCGUCGAUCCCUCUGCCUUUCACCGGCGGGCUGCCGAACCGCACCUCGGAGAGCACGACGCAGCCCACCGACACCGCCUCCUCCGACGUCUCCUCCGUCAUGAAGGGCGUCGCCGCGCUGCACCGACAGCUCAGCGGCGGGGAUGAGAGUGUUCCGAUGCCGUUCGCUCCCAGCCAGCCCUACCGCCACUCCGCUGAGCACUGCGCCAACGCGGCGAUGCGCGGUGGAGUCUUGUUGGGUGUGCAAUCUUUGGCGGGGGGCGCGGAGACAGCUGCCAGCUCCGAGCUGCCACAGGCCGAGGAGUUUGCGCUGUGGGUCGUGCUCACGCUGGCCUUUGACCCGCCCCUCCUCGCGACCGCCGGCUUUUGCCAGCAAGGGGGGACAGGGGACAGCGGGUUCGGCGACAUGGUGUACGCCACGGUCCCUCGGGGCUCUGUGGCGACGAUCGUCGCCCGGGACUGGCUCACCAAAGAGCUCUACGAGCCGUCCCGGAGCGGCAAAAUUGAUGCGGCCUGCAGGGACCGAAAGGUCGCCGACCUGAUCACGGCUGCCGGCGCCGGCCGACGCCAAAUUUUUUAA